UGACUAAACAUCAACAGUGUCGCCAUCAUCAGCUGCCUUGACUUCAACUUCACACCUUACUCUCUCUACUUACCCUAAUUAUCAAAAUCAAAGCACCAACUUCUCUCUUUUUUCUCAAAUUGAUCAUCAUUCUCCUUUUUAUUCUCUGUUCUAUUUCUCUCUUUCUAUGAAGAUUUGAGUUACCAGGUAAGUGCACCUUGCUAUUUCUUCAUCAAGAUUCACUAAUUCCUAUCUCAAAGACUUGAUUUUGAUAAGUUCCCAAGUUUGUUUUUUACUGUUUUGAUUUCGAUUUUAGCAAGUUCAAUCUUAAUUCUAAAAAGGGUUAGUCAUGAAUUUCUCUGUUUUCCACUAAUACUUGAAGAAUCUUGAUUUAAGGGGGGUUAGGGGAAAUGUCUUUUUUUGCUUCUUUUUGGACAAUGGCUAGUAUUGUUAUCUGGUUGAUGUUGCUGUCUGUUGGUUUUGUUCAUUCUUAUGUGGUAGAUGGUGAGUUAGGACCUAGGACUAGAACUUCUAUGCCUUACAAAUACGAAAGAACUGAUGAAGUCAAAAAAGAAUGUGCUUUUGUUUUAGCUUCUGCUUCUGAAUUGGAACCUGAUGAUAACAGAAUCUAUAGCAUAAAACAUGAAUUAAGUUUUCUGAAUGGAGAUUGGUGGCAAGUGUCUAAUGGGGCUGCUUCAAUAAUGCCUUUUGAUGAUAGAGAUCUUGCAAACAGAUCAUCGGAUCUUCGAUCUCCGUUGAACUUAGUUUCUUUUUGGGUUACGAAUGUUGAUCGUGCUCAUCUGUCUAAGACAUCUGUGAGUGUUAGUGUAUUGCAGAUCGGUAUCACCCUAGAUGGCUUGUUUUCAAGUAAACCAUACGAGAGAAGUCCUCAUUUUGACAUUUGGCCCGGUCAUUCCCAGCUUUCGGUGACUUUUGAAGGAGUAUACAUGGAAUCGAAGAAAAAUCAAGGGGAAAGAGUCAUGUGUUUGUUAGGGACAACGAUGUUGCCUUCUCGUCAGCAAGAGUCAACUGAUCCAUGGCAGUGGGUAAAGGAAUCUGGUUAUACUAAUCAGCCACCUCUUAUGCAAGAUGAUCGAAUUUUGCUGGUGCUUCAUUAUCCUAGAACAAAUACACUCGCAAAUAGAGCUAUUCUUGGAACCAUGAAAAGCUUAAACCCAAAGACGAGUUUUAAGUACUUUGAUGAAGUUCAUAUGUCUUCUUGGCUGGGAACUUCUUCAAAGUACGAAUUUGGCUCUGAAAAGUUUGUGUCAAAAGCUUGUGAUCCAUAUCCGUACAAAGAUAGUCUGAGUACUGAGAUAAAUACAUAUAGAGGGCUUGACUUCUGCUAUAUUCUUCAAAGAUUCACUCAUCAAGAAGCCUUAAUAGUUGUUCCGAACUGGAAAUGCAACGGUACAGGAUUUUGCAGUCAAUUGGGUCCAUUCAGAUCGGACAAGGAGAUAAAUGCCACGGAUGGGGGUUUUAAGGACGUCAAGCUUGUCCUUCAGGAUGUUCGAUGUGAUACAAUAUCUGUAAAAGAUAAUGUCACUUCUUCUAGGGUCUCUUCUGUGUUUAGAGUGAUUUCUCCAUUGGAGAAUCAGUUCACUGCAGCACAAAGGACUGGGCUUAAUAACAUGACUCUUUCUGCUGAGGGAAUCUGGAAAUCUUCCAGUGGACAGCUUUGUAUGGUUGGUUGCCAUGGAGUAGUUGGUGCAGAAGACAGCAACUGUGAUUCUCGAAUCUGCUUGUAUGUUUCGCUCUCCUUUUCUAUAACACAAAGGAGCAUAAUUAUUGGUCAUUUUUCCAGUAUUGAUGGAAGCAGUAGGCGUUACUUUCCUUUAUCAUUUGAGAAACUGAUCCGCCCUGUUGAGCUGUGGGAUCAAUAUACUGCUUCUCUUCCAUACUACAAGUACUCAAAAAUCAAUGCAGCUGCUACAGUCCUUGAAAAAAAUGAGCCCUUUACCCUUGGUUCAAUGUUUAAGAAAUCACUGUUGACAUUCCCAAAACUGGAGGAUGCAGAUUCUUUUCCUGUCAGCCUUUCGAUUCUUUCUGAGGAUCUCUCCCUUCACACAUCAGCAGUUGCAGAUCAAAUUGCUGGCUCAGCUAACCAAAGAGUUGAAAUUGAAAUGGAGAUUCUUUCUCUUGGUCCAAUGUUUGGGCCUCUGACAAACGGUUCCAUCGGUGAAAAAGAGAAUUCUUAUCAUGCCAAGGCUGAAUACACAGAAAAACAGCUUCUCUUAAAUGUUUCUGCUCAACUUAGUCUCAUUGGGACGUCAUACAAUAACAUCUCAUUGCUUUUUGUAGAGGGACUGUAUGAUCCACAUGUUGGAAAGAUGUACCUCAUUGGUUGCAGGGAUGUUAGAGCCUCCUGGAAAAUACUAUCAGAAAGUAUGGACCUUGAGGCUGGAUUGGAUUGUCUGAUUGAGGUGGUUAUAACAUACCCACCAACCACUGCUCGUUGGUUGGUCAAUCCAACAGCUAAAAUCUAUGUAUCCUCUCAAAGACCUGAGGAUGAUCCUCUCUAUUUUAAUCCCGUAAACAUUCAAACAUUCCCCAUUAUGUACAGGAAGCAGCGAGAAGACAUUCUUUCCCGUAGGGGAGUAGAGGGCAUCCUCCGCAUCUUGACACUCUCUCUGGCGAUCUUUUGCAUUCUCAGCCAACUAAUUUACAUCAGAGAUAAUGCGGAAUCAGUUCCGUAUGUCUCGCUUGCCAUGCUAGGUGUCCAAGCUCUUGGCUACGGACUGCCUUUGAUCACAGGUGCAGAGGCUUUGUUCAAAAUGAUGGGUUCUGAAAUCAAUGAGACUCCGUCUUAUGAUCUUGACAACAGCCAGUGGAUUCGUCUGAUUGAUUAUACUGUCAAGGUUCUUGUGCUUGUUGCCUUUUUAGUAACAGCGAGGCUCAGCCAAAAGGUGUGGAGAUCCCGUAUCAGAUUAUUGGCAAGGAGCCCUCUUGAACCACAUCGUGUUCCAAGUGACAAGUGGGUACUUCUCAGUACACUGGUAAUACAUGCUGUUGGAUAUAUGAUUGUUCUGUUUAUCCACUCCUAUAAUACAAGCCAGAAACCUCUUCAUGCUGAACGUUACAUAGAUUCCACUGGAAAUUUCCACACCUUGAGGGAAUGGGAAACUGAAUUGGAGGAGUACAUGGGUUUGAUUCAAGAUUUCUUUUUGCUUCCUCAAGUGAUAGGCAACCUUGUUUGGCAAAUCCAUUGCAAACCACUUAGGAAGCUAUAUUAUAUUGGACUUACGUCCGUUAGACUUCUGCCUCAUGUGUAUGAUUACAUCAGAUCUCCUGUUCCCAAUCCCUAUUUCUCCGAAGAAUACGAGUUUGUGAACCCCAGGUUUGAUUUUUACACCAAGUUUGGAGACAUUGCCAUACCAGUGGCUGCAGUUGUACUGGGAGUUGUUGUGUAUAUUCAGCAGAGGUGGAACUAUGAGAAGCUUAGCCAAACACUUAGACUGGGCAAGAUUAAGCUUCUACCAGUUGGGUCCCGAGUUUAUGAGAGGUUACCUUCUGCUGAAGCUGAACUUACCUCGGGUGUCAAAAACCGGGAUGUCGACUGACUGAGAUCUUACUGACUUGUUGUAUGUACAUUUUGAGCAGUUUCUUGUGGAAUUGUUUCUUUUCUGAAA